CAGUUUUCUUGUUCAUGUACAUAAAAUGUUUUGUUGCUGAAAUGGUUAUAUAGAUAAAGCCACGGCUUUUCGAUAACGUUAUUACUAGUUGUUAGUCUUUCUCAAGCUCGCUGCUAUCUAGCUAGCUGAAGCGCUUCAAUAUAUGUUCUUGAGACGCAGAGAACUAAAAACGUCGUGACAUUCAUGUCCUCUACCGGGAUGUGUCACUACAGCAGAUAGCCGGUACUUGGUGUGAUGGCGACCAAACGGGCUUUGAAGGCAGUACUUAUUGACCUGAGUGGAACUCUUCAUGUAGAAGACACAGCUGUGCCUGGAGCACAGGAAGCACUGAACAGGUUGCGUCAGGCUUCCGUAGCCGUUAAGUUUGUUACCAACACCACUAAAGAGUGUAAAAGGAACCUGCUGGCACGUCUGAUAAGUCUGAACUUUGACAUCAAGGAGCAUGAGAUCUUCACAUCCCUGACCGCAGCCAGGAGUCUGGUGGAGCAGAGACAACUACGCCCCCUGCUGCUAGUGGAGGACAGUGCCCUGGAGGACUUCUCAGGUAUGGAGAUAUCUGAGCCCAACGCUGUGGUGAUAGGUUUAGCUCCUGACCACUUCAACUACCACACGAUGAAUGAAGCCUUCAGAUUGCUGUUAGAUGGGGCCCCCCUCAUCGCCAUCCAUAAGGCAAGGUACUAUAAGAGGAAGGAUGGUCUGGCGCUGGGCCCUGGGCCUUUUGUGACUGGGUUAGAGUAUGCAGCAGACUGCCAGGCCACCGUGGUGGGGAAGCCCCAGGGGACCUUUUUCCUGGAGGCUCUGAGAGACAUGGACUGUUGUGCCGAAGAGGCCCUCAUGAUCGGAGAUGAUGCCAGAGAUGAUGUUGGAGGGGCUCAGAACACUGGCAUGCUGGGAAUUCUAGUCAGAACUGGUAAAUACAGAUUGGGUGAUGAAGGUAAAAUUAAUCCUCCACCAUACUUGACCUGUGACAGUUUCCCUCAGGCUGUAGACCACAUCCUCCAACACCUCACCUGUAACUGACCUGUGACAGCCUCCCUCAGGCUGUAGACCACAUCCUCCAACACCUCACCUGUAACUGACCUGUGACAGUUUCCCUCAGGCUGUAGACCACAUCCUCCAACACCUCACCUGUAACUGACCUGUGACAGCCUCCCUCAGGUUGUAGACCACAUCCUCCAACACCUCACCUGUAACUGACCUGUGACAGCCUCCCUCAGGUUGUAGACCACAUCCUCCAACACCUCACCUGUAACUGACCUGUGACAGCCUCCCUCAGGUUGUAGACCACAUCCUCCAACACCUCACCUGUAACUGACCUGUGACAGCCUCCCUCAGGUUGUAGACCAUGGUAAUGGUCCCUUAUAAAAAAAAUAUGACAACUAGUAUGUUUCUGAGAAAUGCCAAUAUAUAUUUUUUAAUUAAUAUCAAACCCCAUGCCAUGUAAUUAUAGAUUAUUAUGUUAAUAAACAGUGAACCUGAUAACCAACAUUUGCUCAUAUUGAAUGGAAAGGCAAAUAAAUACAACUUUAUGAAACA